AUAGAUAAAUGAUGGCGAAGAUAGUUGAGAUAGACGAUAAUGACGAGGACAGAUAGAAGACAGAUGAUGAUGAUGAUGAUGAUGAAUUACAUAUAGAAUCAAUCAUAAUGUCGACAGUCGAAGCCACGCACAGGAAAUCAGACAAGGACAAAGCAGGAGUGUAAACAACAGUGACUGCCACGUCCAGCCCACCUCAGCUGACCCUCCUGUGACACCUGGGAAGGCUGCAGAGGUCAGGUCACACGCAGGCCGGCCCCCAGUAGUGGCCGUGGCCCGGGAAGAGUCACGUCAAUUGCGUCAUCCCUUAAUAGUGUCCCUCCGUAUGUCACCCGAGGCGGCCGCGCGCACCAUGCAGGCCAAGGAUAAAGGGUUGGUGUGGGGUCUGCUGGAGGCUGCCGGAGAUGUGAAUGAGGGCGUGCGGCAGACAGUGGCCAGCUCCCUCACCACCCUUGGCCACCAGCACCCACCUCUUGUCCUCUCAGCCAUUCACAAGUUUAUUUCUAGUCCACAGACAGCACCAAAGGUGCAUGUGCAGUCUAUGCUGUACAAUGUUGCGGAGAACAUUGUGCGUGAAUGUGGAGAGAAGAUAGAUGACACUGAGGUGAUUUCCACAUGGAUGGAGGGAGCUAUCAAGCUCCUAACGCUCCCCUCUGUGGCCCCAGACCUGCAGGAGGCUGCCUCAGGAUUCAUGGUUGCUCUUGGAAGUUGUUCAGUUCAUUGUAAUGCUGUUAUGGAGAGCCUCAUCGCCCAGAUGCAGACAGGAGAACUUCCAUCCCAGAGUGUUGUGGAGACUCUAGGGGCAUUGGCUACUGGCAAUAUGAAGGGCAUGGUGCCAUAUCUCAAAGUUAUCCUUGGGCUACUGGUUGGAUGCAUUCCUGCAGUGAAACAAGAAAGUCUUAAAAAUGCUAUGUGUAUCAUGAUCAGCAAGUCCACUGAGGCAAUACUAGAAGCUGUAGAGAAUAAGGAUCCUGAUCCCAACAUAACUAUUGGUUCCUACAUGACUGAAAGUGCAGCAAUAUUCGAGGCACUGGUUAAUCUAUGGCUCAAAAGUUCCAGUGCUGGUGUGAAGCAUGAAACCAUCCUCUGCCUGGGCCACCUGAGCCGGCUGCUGCCAAGUGACAAGCUGGAAGAGUUGGCAGGCCUAGUAGUGACCACCAUCCUUUCAAUGUACCGCAGAACACCCUCUCCUUACAGCCUUACAUUCUCGCUGGCUUUGAUCAUGGAUGCUCUCAUGAAGAAACAGAUCACUGAAGGACUAAAGUUUCAUGUUGAUCAUUUAUUUAGUUCACUGUUUACUCAAGUGUGUGUCUUUCCCAAUUACACUGAGCCCUUCACUGUGAAGAACCACUAUGAAGUGUUAAGAUGUUAUGAGCUGCUUGGAAGUCAUUACCCCGAGAAUGUGGUGGCACACCUGUUGCAGAGGCUAGAGAAUGCCAGUUUCCAGCAGCGUGUUGGUGCACUUGUGGUUAUCAAGCAUCUCAUCAACAGCAAGACUCUCAGCACAGAAAACAUAACAAGUUUAGUAACCACCCUGACUCAAAUAUUACAUGAUCCAAAUAGCAAGGUUGUCAAGAGUGUGACCCAAGUUGUUGUAGCACUGUGCCACAACAACCACCUCACACCACAAACUGGUGCACCAUUCAUAACAUACCUGGUCAAACACUCAGCAGGGGUUCCCUCUCCUCAGACCAGACGCCCAUCCAUAGCUGAGCCUGAGGAGGAGUCUGUGCCAGUGGUGUGCAGGCGAGUUCUUCAUCUCCUGGCCACUACCGUUGAGGCUGCAUUUCCCCUGCUGUGGCCACUGUUGCUCACCUUUGUGUGCACAGUGGAACAUGAGGCAAGUCUUCCUACAACCUUAGGCUGCCUAGCUCACCUGUCUAAAUCCAACACUGCCUUUACUGAAGAGGAACCACUUCUUGUAGGCUCACCAGGACCACCAAACUCACCUGUGUUACUCUCCAGGCUUUUGGUACUGAGUUGUACACCAGGUAAUGGUGUAGCAGUAUCAGCUCUCACUUUGCUGGAGGGGCUGGCACCACACGUCAGCCCCAGAGUGGUGGAACCUUGGCAGAAGCACCUCCCACAGCUUUUGGCAACACUUCAAGACCUCACUGAAAAGGUGGAUGUUGAACCCUCAGCAAUCCAGAUGUGGCACGAGUCUUUGUGGGAUUUCUUCAGUGCCACUAUCGUCAACAUUGACAGUGAAGAAUAUACCAUGAACUUAGGCAAAGCUCAGAUGGAACAGCUACACCUAUAUGAGAAGCAGCAGACUUUGCUCUGUUUCCUCAUGUCACUCAUUGGCAUCACCAUGAAGCACACCACCAGUAAGACAUUCAUUGCCACCAAUCUCACUUCGCUCUUCAAUGCUGUCAACCACAAAUCUUCUGCUGAAAGGGAGAGUUUUGCACUUUGUGUGGGGACAGUGGCAUCCACUCAUGGUCAGCUGGUGCUUACACACAUAGACAUGUGGCUCAAGACAGCAGACCCCAGCAAGAAACCAAUGUCAUUCUUCAGUCUUAUUAAGCAGGACACACGAGCAGAGGAGUGUUCAUGGACAAGGGCAACCCUGGUGCAGUGUCUGGGGCAGGUGGCAGCCCUCACCCCCCCCAGUGCUGACCACAACUGGGUGGAGGGACCCAUCAUGCUGCACCUCCUCAACAUCAUCAACAGCAACAAGAGUGACAAGGUGAACGAGGCUGUAUUACACACUGUGAGCAACAUUGCUCGUGCUCGCACCAGCCUGCCAGGCUGCAGCCUCCGCCAGCGACCACUCCUCAUCACCCACCUCAUCAACACCAUCAAACCUGACAACGUCCCAAUCCAGAUCCUAGCGAAUGUCUUCCAAGCUCUCAGGGACCUUGUAGCACUGGAGCCUGAGUUAAAUGUGGAGGAGCGCACCAUUAUCCUGCAGUCUGUGUUGGCAGCCACCAUGCCUCGCCUGGUCCAGGUGGAGAGCAUGGACUCCUGCCUCACCAAGUGUUUUGCUCAACUUAGUGUGCUGAUCAGAACCAUUGUUCAAAAAGACACCAACCCAGCCACUCUUGAUGAUGUAACAACACUGCUCCAGUCCUGGACUGUCUCCCCAACAGACAUAAUAAGAAUAAAGUCCGUGGAGUUGCUUCAUAUUACUCUCAAGACUUACUACGACAAUGUCACCUUCACUGUUGAGGGACCAACAAACUUCAACCAAACAUGUCAGCUCCUGGCAUUCCUAGUCCCACGUGUGACUGACCCAAGUGCCCUAGUGCGCACCCAGGCGGUGGGCAGUGUGUACAUGGUGCUCAGGAUUGCUGGCCGCUACACUGGCCUCUCACCUGAUCACCAAGAUGAGGAUCUUGACAUUAUCAAGACAGUAGAAGAAAAGAUAUCUACUGAGGAUCCAAAGGAAAUUGACAAGCUAGCUCAGGAUGUUGCCAAGGUGAUUAGCAACAAGCUAACAUUUGUUCAACUUCGGUCCUUCCUGUCAUGCACGGUGGUGGGGCUGCAGGACCGCCUGGCUGCAUCUUCAGCUGGUGUGGCACUCUUCCUCACUUCAGUGUUCACACUUAGGGGCCACCAACUACAUCAACACAUCAAGGAACUUUUAGAGCUCAUCUAUAAUCGCCUGGAGAAGGUGCAUGACAAAGUGACAAGACAGCGGGCAGUGGAAGCGAUCACUCACUUGUCUUCCCAUAACCUGAACCUCGUGCUGGAUGCCCUGCUCAUCUACCCGCUGCCUUAUGACAAGGGUGUGUGUGAGACAUGGCAUCACCUUGGACAAGACCCUAAGUUGUGUGCAGCAACCCUAGCCUUUCUGACACAAGUUCUUGAGCGGACACAGCUCUUCUCAGAACAACCUACAACCACAGAGCUCACUGUUAAGAUUGCCACCAUUCCACCCCUUGCUGCAAUAUCUGGGCUUUGUGAGCUGCUGCAUGACCUAAGAGUGGUGAAGGAAAGUGAAUCAUCUGAGGACAGCUGGGAGAAGCUUGAAGGCAAUCCACGGGAGGAGCAUCCCCAGACAUGGUCAGCCUCCCGGGAGAUCAUCAUGGACAACUUUUCUUCCUUGGCCUCUCUUCUGCUGCUGCUCUACGGUUCCUACGUCGGCGUCGUGGCUCCCCUCCACCAGACCUCCUCAGCCAACUCAAAAAGUGCCUUCAAUUUUGUGCCCAACAGAGGAGCUACAACCUUAGUUCCUUCUAAGAUUGUCCUCAUGUGCCUGCAGGCAUUGGUGGAUGUGAUUGACUGUACUUCCAUCAGUGCUUUGUUGGGCUCAAAAAUCAGAGAUGAAAAUGAUGACAAUAUAGAAAUCUUCCUCCUUACCAUCUCUGAAACUGUAGCUAUACUGGUUCAUGAAUCACCCAAGCACAUUGAGAAACUGGUCAACUGUCUGGAUCACCAACACCCUUAUGAAAUGCAGCGUGUGACUGUAGCAGCAGUAUUUGCACAGUUGACAGCAGAAAAAUGUGGAGGCAACUAUGAACUUUUGGAAAAAAUUAUUGACUGUUUGCUUGGCCGACUGAACGACCGGUCAGUCCAUGUGCGGCGACUGGCUGUGCGCGGACUCUCCAACUUUGCUCACUUGCAGAAUGACCAGUGCUAUUUCCCACAAUGGUUCUCGUUAUCAGAGAAACUGAAAGAGAUCAUCGCGGCCAUGGUUGGGGCAACUGACCAACGGGAUACUGGCAGUUCUGAAGAACUAAGUGUAGAGAGCCAGGUGGCACUGGAGGCCCUGAGAGGCCUGGCUGCACUGCUGCCCCGCCUGCCCCAAGAGACCGUCCUUCAGCACACCCCAACACUCCUUAUCAGAAUAAGACUUUUCUCAGAGAAGUCUUCUGGUGAGAUACGAGAGGCGGGCCUUGGAGUGCUACGAGGACUCGCAGCAUCUGUGGGUGGAAGUGAAGAGUUUCGGGAACACCUCCACCUUCACCUGUUGGCUGCCCUUGUUCACCUGGCUGACCCUCAUCCUCCUACUGUAGUGAUGUGUAAGAGUGCAUUGCAGGCACUAGGCCCUCAUCUUGGUUCAAAGGAGAUGAAUACAAUGUUCCAGACCCAUCUUAUUCCCAGUGGACAACUUAACUAUCACCAGUUUAUUGUUGACCUCACCAAACACAUGGUGACAGAUCUGGUGGACUACAUUGGAUUUUUUAUACAAGCCACCUCCUCAUAUUUCAAGAGCUCAGAGUCAUCACUACGAAAAGCUGCUGCACUUCUAAUCGGUAACUUGGUUUACCACUGUGAACACAGUGAGAAGCUCAACAUUUCAUCAGUAAGCCAUGGUUUGCUAUAUCUCUUGCGAGACCCAGAUGCAUCAGUGAGGACAGCUGCUGCCAUUGCCAUCCCUCUUCUCUUCAAGCACACACAGGUGCUCUAGUCUGCCCACAUGUGAAGAAUGCAUACCUUUUAACAUAUGACUAUGGAAGAAUUUCACCUACAUACUAACAGCAGCACUUGUUCAUCCACUUCAGUGCAUAAUGUGUUUCCAGAAGUUCUGCAUUGAAAGAUUUGUAGGUAUGAUGAAAAUCUUUAACCACUUGACUGCGGAUUUCCUACAAGAAGACAUCACCAAGCUACAGAAAUGGAACAAAGUGUCUGCUACAAUUCAAUGAAGAAAAUGUAAGUCAUGCAUACCAAUACCACAUGGGAAACACUCCACCAUCAACCACAGAGGCAGAGAAACACCUGGGAGUAUAUGUUACCAGACUACCAGUGAAAGCCAAAUCCGUGCCAAUCGCACCGGAUGAGUUAAAUUACUGUACAGUAAGGCAGCAAACUAGCAUAAUUUGAACAAAGCCCCAGGAGGGAAAUUAAGCAGAGGCUACUCUAGUUUCACACAACAUGAGUUUUACCUCUUAAAUUUGUAUUAACUGAAGUUAACAUAUUGCCACUUUAACAGCUAUCUCAAAUCUGCCUCUGACAAUGUUUUGACAGUUAUUCUUGACAAUUCAUCAUAAGUUCUGAAGACCCCAGCCCUUGUCAACAUACUUUCUAGGUGACAUGAGAUUUGUCUUUCCCAUCCCCACUUUUCUCAAUAUCGCCAAAGCUCCAAAGCUUAAAAAGUACUUACAGCGGGGUAUGCUAAAAUUAAUGUAAUUGGUUCUUGAAUGCCCUUUUUUAACUUUUGCUUGGCCUAGCAUAGAUUAAAAUGCAUGUAUUUAAGGGUGAUCUGUUCCAGACCCAUGCAGACUUGCUUCCCAUCACUGUAAAUAUUGGUUUUAAUAUAUAUAUAUAUAUAUAUAUAUAUAUAUAUAUAUAUAUAUAUAUAUAUAUAUAUAUAUAUAUAUAUAUAUAUAUAUAUAUAUAUAUGCAUAUAUAUACAUAUACACACACACACACACACACACACUUAUUUUGAUCCUCCACACUGUUUCAUAUGUUUUCCACUGUAUAAAGGGUUAAUAGUGACAAUACAAAAGUAGUUUGCAAGGUAGGAAGCAAGAUAUGGACACAUUAAUAAAGAACAUAAGGAGUGUGCUAGAAGCCAGUAAGCCUAUACAAAGCAGCUCCAGUAAACCUAAUCCCACCUAACCCAUCCAUCCAUAAAUUUAUCUUACAUUCUCUUGAAUGUAUUUUAUAUUGGCUCUCACAAAGUGUGAAGCAUGCCGCUACCGUGGCCAGGCUGCGUUAAUAUGUUGUGCAUCCAUGGCGGAGGCCCACCUUAAGCUGCCCGCAACAUUGUUUCAUACCAGCAACUCACACCCUGGCUACAUUUCACACCUGCGAGCGUGACUAUUACACAAUGCAUCGCAGUUUGUGAGUUAAGACGCUUCAUACAGUGUGAUAAACAACAAAAAAAUAGCAGCUGUUUUUACCCGAAUCUGGGGACCAUUCGAUGAAAACAAUAUCCGUCGUUUAGGGGUUAAUAUAAUCUAUAUUGCAAUGGCAAUCAAUGUCAAAUUCUCUGGGCAAAUUGGUGUUAAAAAGUAACUAAGUCAUCCCUUUACCCAAGGAAACAGAAAAUUAAAAUUCUGGUGGUAAUAGGCAUCAAAACACCCAGCUGCAAACAGGCCAAUUUAUCCAACCCUAACCCAUUGCUUACAUGGUUCUUACCACCAAAACCUUAUUAAAGCCCUUCAUCCAUUUAUAAACUUCGAUUGUCUCCUUGCACUCUUUGCCUCUCUAGAGAAUGGAAAUUUAAAUGUAAAGUCCAUCCUCAUAUGACAAGUUUCUCAACCUACAAAUCAGUUUUGUCAUCUUCCUCUGCACAAACUAACUUCUUGAUAUUUACUUUAUAGUAAGGGGACCAGAAGUGAACUGCAUAAUCAAGAUGAGGGCUAACUAAUGCUAAAUAUAUUUCUGACAUUGAACUCCAUAUGCCAAUUCCCUGCCCAAUCAUACAAUCUGUCUAGUUCAUCCUGCAGAGUACUAGCAUCAUAAUCUGCUUAACCCCCUAAGUAUGUAACCAUCAAACACAGAAGAUAGAACAUAAUAUCCCUGAAAGUAGUGUGGCAUUAUUAGUACUGUAGUUUAUUUGAAGAGGCUGGGACUCAUUCAGGGCAGGGAGAUUGGCCUGGGAGGCCUACAUGGGGCAUCUGAGGAACAUAUGGAGGGAGGAGGGUGAACUGCUUUUUCAAAAUUAAUAACAUUGGCUUGUUGUAGCAUACCCCAUUAUAUAUACCAGUUAUUCCCACUCAUUGCCAUAUAAAAUAUAAUAUUCAGUCAGUCAAUCCAAAAGGUAUAAAAGGUAAGAAUAGCUGUCCCUAAAUGAGCAGCCAAAAGCCAACCUCCAACACGAUACUAUACAUGUAAAACAAAAUGCAACAUAAUUUUUGCCUACCUAGAUCUCAUUCAAACCUUACUUUCAUCAUAAUCAUCAAAAACACACAUUGAUUAGCAUUAGAAUCAUAUUAAGACUGAGUAUGUCUUGUUUAUACUUCCAAGCAUGCUAGAGCAUUGUCAGGGGCACUAUACUGCCAAAGUAAUACCCACAUAUAAUAUAUUUGCAAUGCCUACCAAUCAUGUGUGUUUAACCCAUAAGCGUCAGGCUAGAGGAUUAUUUUCGUCCUCACAGCACGCGGGCAGUGUUGAUAGAUUUUGAAAAAUAGGUGUCUUUCAUCAAUGCCCCGUGUGGCAGUUUCAAAAGAAAACAAUAAUUUAUACUGUUUUUCCAUCGCCAAUCCUUCCUCUCCACGAUGAAAUAAAUUUGAAGUGUCUAGGUUGCAGCACGGCAGAGAUAUGAUGUUGGGAAGAGGUGCUAUUUUUGGCCAAGUCGAGCGCGUCGGAUGGCGGGAACCCCCGCCACCCGACGCUUUCCGCCCAAGCGGGAAUUCCCGUCACCCGACGCACACGGGUUAAUGAAUUAGCACACGAUGCCACAGAUGGACCUGGCAUGCGUAAUGCAUCAUAAAUUUACAUGUUUUCCAGUGCCAAACUUUCAACUCAAACAUGUGCUGAAUAUAUUACUGUGACUCAUCUGUGGCCUUCUGUGUGUCCAUAGACAUGAAUAUAAAAGUUUGAGGUUUGCAUUAUCAUGCUCUGGCAACCUGAUGACGAACAGCAUGUCCACUUUUGUGGAUGAUAUGAUAUGCAUAAGAAACAGUUGUUGGUAUAGUAGUACCAUCCUUAAAGGUACGCCACACUGCACGCGGUUCUCCCAAACCCACGAUGCAUAUCUUAAGUGAUAUAUGUAAAGGGCAUCGCAAAUGAUAAAACACACACCAAUACAAGUUUAACAUAAAUAUUAUGAUAUAUCAAAGAAACGUAAACUAGUUAUGCGUAUGAUAUUUAUACGGCAAUAAAGAAACGUGGCAUACAUAUUUUAGUGGCACUAAGAAAAUGUUAUUACAUUUAUUUAACUUUUGCCGCAGUUCUAAGGUGGAUAAAGAAUGUAACGAUUAUAUUUAUAAGAUAGUGUGAAGGAAUAUUAGUAGAAAAUAUUAUAUUCUCUUGAUAAAAAUAAAUCUUAAACCUCUCACGAGCAGCAGUACUUCCACUGACUGAAGCUGACAUGAAUCACGUGUCAAGUUCUUCUACAGAGACAUGGCAACGCUGGAGACAGCUGUUGCCCCGCCUUGGCCGCACCUUGGCCCUCUUUUAAAGGUGGUAGUACUUUACUAAUAACAUACGGGCAGUAAUGACAAAUAUAACCAAUUAGUCAUUUUGAGUUUCAAAAUAUUAGCACGGUCAGACAGCAUUUUGUUAAUUUAUAAGGUAUGCAUAUCAUGAUAAUGCAGACCUCAGACUCAUGGAAUUCCCAAUUUCUAAUUCUUGUAUUUAGUCUCAAAUUAAUUUCUUUAUCAAAUUUAGUUGAAAAGUGACUGGGAUCUUGUUUGUGGGCAAGGGAAUUAGUCAACAGAAUGCUGUUUGAAGCCUUAUUUUCUUUGCAGGGAGUUGUCAACAUUCAGGGGUCUUAUGCAUUACAACACUAUCACUUCCCUGGUGCACUCAAAUUGUGAUGUUAUAGGUUCUAAUAUUGCACUCCAUUCUUAAUAUUUCAGUGCCACAUUUUAUAAAUAUUCAAAUAAUUGGGGUGCAUUAAUUUUCUCAUCUAAGAACUUCAAUGAGCAUCAUUAGAGAACUGGUGGUGAUGAUGCACAAAGUUCUGUAAUAAUCACAUGUAAGAUUAACUUAUUUGGUGAUAAAAGCCAGCAACUGUAUUUUUUUCCUAUUCUUUGACCCAAUUGCUGCAAGUUCAGCAUUUUUACACAAUCACACUUCAUUAUGCAAUAGUUACACGAUGAAAUAAAAUACUUUUUCAAUCCCUACACCUAUCACAGGAAAAUAUAUAAUUCAGCUGGUCAUUCAUAAAGUGCUUAGGGAUGUUUCUCUAACUUAUAGGGAAAACUAUCUCAGCAUUUUUAUACUGGAUAUUUUAAAGUAUAUUAUUUGCAAUAUCUAUAUGCUAGUCAUGUGUAUUUUCAAAAGUUGUGAGAUGUAAAGAAUCUUUGUAAACAAAUUAUUAUAUUGUGACCAGUUAAUAGAGUAAACUAUUGACUAUAUUAUAACCAUUGUAUGCCAUAAUGUUAUAUAGCUCGUCAUUAAAAUCCAUAAAGCAUG